CGUGCCGCCUGGCGCCGGCUGUGAGGACCCGGUGUCGCUGCGGGGCUGUGGCGGCGUGUUCUGGAAGCUUCGCGGCUCCGUGAGCUGAGCGGGGCGAAUCCGUCCCCAUCCGCUCGGACCGGGGGUGUGUCGGCGGCGAGCGGCCAUGCCGGAGAACACGGGACACAAAGCGCACGGCGGGGCCGGGAAUCGGGCCAAGGGCACGUACCAGGACCGGGACAAGCCCUCCCAGAUCCGCUUCAGCAACAUCUCCGCCGGCAAAGCUGUCGCUGAUGCCAUUAGAACGAGCCUCGGACCAAAGGGAAUGGAUAAAAUGAUUCAGGAUGCUAAAGGAGACGUGACAAUCACUAAUGAUGGUGCUACUAUCCUGAAACAGAUGCAGGUUUUACACCCCGCAGCCAAAAUGUUGGUAGAGCUGUCAAAAGCACAAGAUAUUGAAGCUGGGGAUGGUACUACAUCUGUUGUUGUCAUUGCCGGAGCUCUUCUGGAUGCCUGUUCCAGACUCCUUCAGAAAGGAAUUCACCCCACCAUCAUUUCAGAGUCAUUCCAGAAAGCUUUGGAGAAAGGUAUUGAGGUAUUGACCAACAUGGCACAGCCAGUGGAACUGAGCGACAGAGAAACCCUGCUGAACAGUGCAACUACAUCACUGAACUCAAAGGUUGUGUGUCAGUAUUCCAGCUUACUUUCUCCCAUGAGCGUGGAUGCAGUGAUGAAGGUGAUUGACCCAUCUAUGGCUAACAGCGUGGACCUCAGAGAUAUUAAAAUAGUGAAGAAGUUGGGAGGAACAAUUGACGACUGUGAGCUGGUGGAAGGGCUGGUCCUGACUCAGAAGGUGGCCAACACAGGUGUAACUAGAGUGGAAAAGGCCAAAAUUGGCCUAAUUCAGUUCUGCCUCUCUGCUCCAAAGACAGAUAUGGACAACCAAAUUGUUGUUUCUGAUUACGCUCAAAUGGACAGAGUACUGCGUGAGGAGAGAGCUUAUAUUCUAAACUUAGUGAAGCAAAUUAAGAAGGCUGGAUGCAACGUGCUGCUGAUCCAGAAGUCUAUUCUGCGGGAUGCUCUUAGUGACCUCGCCCUGCAUUUUCUGAACAAAAUGAAGAUCAUGGUGGUUAAAGACAUUGAAAGAGAAGACAUUGAGUUUAUAUGUAAGACCAUUGGAACUAAGCCUGUUGCUCAUAUUGACCAGUUUACUCCUGACAUGCUGGGCUCUGCUGAACUGGCAGAGGAAGUCAACUUGAACGGUUCUGGAAAACUAAUAAAGAUUACGGGCUGUACUAACCCUGGGAAAACAGUAACCAUUGUGGUACGUGGAUCUAACAAACUUGUUCUAGAAGAAGCCGAGCGUUCCAUUCACGAUGCCCUGUGUGUCAUUAGAUGCUUAGUUAAGAAAAGAGCUUUAAUUGCAGGAGGUGGAGCACCAGAGAUAGAGCUGGCCCUGCGCCUCAAUGAGUACGCCCGCACUUUGAAGGGCAUGGACUCGUACUGCGUGCGUGCCUACGGGGAUGCACUGGAAGUCAUACCAUCUACACUGGCUGAAAACGCAGGUCUCAAUCCUAUCUCAACAGUAACAGAGCUGAGGAACAGGCAUGCUCAAGGAGAGAAAACAGCCGGCAUUAAUGUCAGAAAGGGUGGCAUUUCCAACAUCCUGGAGGAGCUGGUGGUGCAGCCGCUGCUCGUGUCUGUGAGCGCCCUGACUCUGGCAACAGAAACUGUGCGCAGCAUUCUUAAGAUUGACGAUGUGGUGAACACUCGAUAAGCUGGAUAAAGGAAGCUGGGACUGUGCUCUGCAGCUCCUCAGAUGGUCUGAGCUGCAGCUUCCUCACCAGAAGCGCCUGUGUGAAUUGUCUUAAAAGUCCACGAAUGCUUAUAUGUACUUUUCUCAUGUUAAUUUAAUACAUUUCCUGGUUUCGGAAAGGAAAUGCUGUUUAUCAAUAAACAGGCACCAGUCUACUUGA